AUGGCGACUGUCGUGACAAAAGCCGUGGAAGAGCCAAAAAAAACCGUUAAGCGCGAUACCUUACGAGCUAUAGAAAAAAAAGUUCAGCAAUUAUGGGAAAAUGAACAUGUAUUUGAAGUCAAUGCUCCCACAAUUGAAGAAGAACCUGAUGAUUCUAUUUUACAUGAAAAAUAUCCAAAAUAUAUGGGAACUUUUCCAUAUCCUUACAUGAAUGGAAGACUACAUUUAGGCCAUCUUUUCACAAUAACAAAGCUCGAAUUUGGCACUGGCUAUGAACGAAUGAAAGGAAAGAGAGCUUUAUUUCCUUUAGGUUUUCAUUGUACUGGUAUGCCAAUUAAGGCUUGUGCUGAUAAAUUAUCUCGCGAAAUCAAACAAUUUGGGCCCGAAUUUAAAAUACCAGAUCAAGAUGAUCUAGAAGAAGGCGUCAAAGAUUUAGAGUUGAAUGAUGAUAAUGCUAUCAAAUCACAGGAUCCUUCUGGUGCUGCAACUAAAGUGUCUAACAAAAAGGGCAAAAUUGCUGCAAAGUCGACGGGUCAGAAAUAUCAAUUUCAAAUAAUGCAGAGUAUGGAUGUGCCUUUUAAUGAAAUUGCGAAAUUCUCAGAUUCGAAUCAUUGGCUUUAUUACUUUCCCCCACUAGCCAUUUGGCAAAUGAGAAAAUUAAAAGUUCUUAACAAGGUGAAAUUUGGUGAGCGAUAUACUAUAUAUUCACCAUUCGAUGGUCAACCUUGUAUGGAUCACGAUCGACAAAGUGGUGAAGGCGUUGGUCCACAAGAAUAUACUGGAAUCAAACUUCAGGUUAUAGAAUGGAGUGAAGAGGCUCAAAAUACUUUAGGUUCUGUUAAGGAGUUAGAAAACAAAAAUAUAUAUCUAAUUGCUGCUACUAUGAGACCUGAAACAAUGUAUGGUCAGACAAAUUGUUAUGUUGGAACUGGCUUAAAUUAUGGCCUUUAUAAAAUCAACGAAACAGACGUAUUUUUAUGCACUUAUCGUUCUGCUCGUAAUAUGGCAUUCCAAGGUUAUACUAGCGAACGUGGUGUAGUUCAUCAAAUAGCUGAAGUCAAAGGUGCUGCCUUAAUCGGUACUAAAGUGAGACCUCCAUUAAGCAAAUAUGAUCAAGUCUAUGUCUUACCAAUGGAGAAUGUUAUAACUACAAAAGGUACUGGUGUUGUCACAUCUGUGCCUUCGGAUUCUCCUGACGAUUAUAUAACACUUCAAGAUCUCAAGAAAAAAUCUGCUUAUUACAAGAUUGAUCCUUCAUGGGCUGCUUUCGAUCCUAUCCCUAUUAUAGAUACACCGACAUAUGGUAAUCUAGCGGCACCAACUGUGUGUCAGCAAAAAAAGAUUAAUUCUCAAAAGGAUCGUGUACAAUUGACCGAGGCCAAGGAAAUAGUAUAUAAAGAAGGAUUUUACAAUGGCGUUAUGUUAAUUGGUGAUUUCAAGGGUAAACCAGUUCAAGAAGCAAAACCUUUGGUUAGAGAUUUAUUGAUUUCCAAUGGUCAAGGAUUUUUAUAUAGUGAACCAGAAGGUCUCGUAAUGUCUCGAUCUGGUGACGAAUGUGUUGUAGCACUGUGUGAUCAAUGGUAUUUGGAUUAUGGUGAAGAAGAGUGGAGGAAGCAGGCCGAAAACUGUCUAGAAAAAAUGAAUACAUAUGGCAAUGAGACAAGGCACCAGUUUGAACAAACCCUUGCUUGGUUAAAUAAGUGGGCUUGCGCUAGGUCUUAUGGUCUUGGAUCAAAAUUACCGUGGGAUCCUCAAUAUUUAGUAGAAAGUUUAUCUGAUUCCACAAUAUACAUGGCAUAUUAUACGGUUGCACACUUAUUGCAUGGUGGUGCCCUUGAUGGUUCGAAACCGGGACCACUCGGAAUCAAUGCUUCAGAAUUGACAGAUCAAGUUUGGGAUUAUAUAUUCUGCGAUGGACCUUUUCCGGCAACUUCCUCAAUCACACAGGAAAAACUUGAUAAGCUGAAACGAGAGUUCAAAUAUUUUUAUCCUUUAGACCUGAGAGUUUCAGGGAAAGAUUUGAUUCCGAAUCACUUGACAUUCUUUAUUUAUAAUCAUGUUGCUAUUUUUCCUGAACACUUAUGGCCUCGUGGUGUAAGAUCAAACGGUCAUUUGCAAAUAAAUGGUGAAAAGAUGUCUAAAAGUAGAGGCAACUUUAUGAUCGUUGCAGAAUCGGUGGAGAAGUAUGGUGCAGAUGCUACUAGAGUUACCCUAGCAGAUGCGGGUGAUUCGAUUGAAGACGCCAACUUUGAAGAAUCCACCGCUAAUGCAGCAAUUUUAAGGUUAUUUACGUUGAAAGAAUGGUGUGAGGAACAAGUUAAAAAUCAAAAUAAUCUUCGCACAGGUCCAACAGAUAAUUUCAAUGACCGCAUGUUUGAGAAUGAAAUUAACAAAUUAAUUCAACAAACAGACCAAGCUUAUAAAGACACCUUUUAUCGUGAUGCGCUUAAAUAUGGAUUUUAUGAGCUUCAAACAGCACGUGAUUGGUACCGUGAAGCCACAGUUGUCGAAGGAAUGCACCGAGAUCUGAUCUUGCGAUGGAUAGAAGUACAAGCAUUAUUAUUAUCACCAAUAGCUCCACAUUGGUCUGAAUAUAUUUGGCAUGAAGUUUUGUCAAAGAAAGGUUUUAUAAUUGAUGCAUCUUUUCCGAAACCGUUAUCUCCAGUCGAUGAAAGUUUGCUUGAAGCAGGAGAAUAUGUUCGAAAAAUAAUCAAAUCGAUACGUGAUUUAGAAAUUGCAUCACAAAAGAAAAAGAAAAAAGGUAAAGCAGAAGAUUUUGAUCCUAAUAAACCCAAAACACUUAAAAUAUUCGUUGCUACGAGUUUUCCGGAAUGGCAAGAUAUUGUUGUUGAAGCGAUAAAACAGAACUUUAAUGAGGACACGAAAUCGUUUGACGAUAUUAAAAUUAGAGAAAAUUUAUCAGAGAAAGGAAUUUUGAAGAAUAAAAAGACUAUGCCGUUUGUUCAAGAGUUCAAAAAACGAGUGGAGAAAUUUGGCACGGCAGCGUUUAACAGAGCAUUAUUGUUUAAUGAGUAUGAUACUCUUGUGACAUCCAAAGAAUAUUUGCAGCGUAGUUUAAGAUAUUCGAAUGUGGAAGUUUUAAGAGGGGAUGAAGCAAAGGAGGAAGAAGAAAAAAGAGCAAUUGAAGUAGCGGUCCCUGGUGAUCCCGGAUUUUUAUUUAAGAAUAUUGUAGACAAUUAA